CCAAUCACUGUCCCUCAACAGUGCCUUCCCUUAAUGACGCUGACCAAUGAGACGUGAGCAGAUUGUGCGGCCCUCCAAUAACUCUUGUGGUGUUGACCAUCGUAACUCACUCUUCCUCCGCUCUUGGUUCCGGUGACAACAGACGUUGCCAGUCCACUAUCACCAGUAACUUGAUACAUGAGAAGCAGUGAUGGUGGUGACGUCCCUGAUGUUGUUGGUUGCUGCUGGGGUGAGUGGGGGAGUCGCCCUUUUUCCAACGUCUGAUGUAAAAAAUGAUACCACUCCAGCAGUAGUGAGGGUGAUGGAGCAAGUGUUGUCAACAGUGGCGUAUUCUGAUUACUCCAUCUCCUUCCUCACGGACGGCUUUACCUCUGCCUCCACUGUUUACAAGCUGGUAGAUCAAUUAAGGAUCCCCGGAGGUGUUGGGAUCUUUGAAGUAGCAGGAGAGAGGCCGGAGAUUCAGCUCUCUCUGGUGAUCGAUCACAUAAAGCGGUUACGGGAGCUAACAUCACACACAACAGUUCUUGUAAUAAGCGACGACCCAGCCUUCCUCGCCGCCUUUGCCGAGUGGUCCCUCAAGGGCCGCCUCCUGGUAUGGUCGACGAGGCUCCUCGCCGUCACCCGCCUGACCCUCUCGGAGCUUCACCCUCUACAUAGAGCUUUUUCCAAGAGUAAUGCUAUGUUGCUCAUCUUCAAAGAUGAGUCAGCAAAUAUCAGGUGCAACAUGUACGUGCACCUACCUUACAGCCCCAAAGAGGCCAAGGCACUAAAAGUUGCCACUUGGACACCUCGUCAAGGUCUGACUCUUACUACCCACCUCCAGCUCUUCCCUAACAAGUUCUCUAAAUUCCUUCACAGGCCAACUCUGCUGGCGGCGUCGGAGGUGAACCCAUUUAAUAAGAUAAUUACCAUACAGGACGCUAAGGCUCCCGGUGGGCAAAGGUCCAUAUAUAAGGGUCCCGUCCCCGAGUUGAUGGCAUACCUCGCAAAAGGUCUCAAUUUUUCGUACACAUACGUGCGGCCUCCUAAUGGUUUUUGGGGUGCAAAACUUAGUAAUGGGUCGUGGGUCGGCAUGGUGGGUAUGGUGAAGAGAGAGGAAGUGAGUAUCGGUGUUGGCCCCUUCAUUUUUAGUGGGCAGAGAGCCGAAGUUGUGGAUUUUACUGUGCCAAUACUAAUUGAUUAUUGGAGAAUCCUGGGUGUUCGAGGGCGGCCGACAGUAGACCCUUGGAGCUUUUUGUUUCCCCUGGCACCGUUAGUGUGGGCAGCCAUCCUGGCAGCAUUGGUGAUGUUACCUGCGGUGGUGUUCCUCAUGUCAUCAUGCUUCUUCCCCAAGAAAGAAUAUCAGGAAAACUGGAUACUCGUCAUUUUUGGAUAUUCUCGCAUACUAUUACAACAAGACAUCUUGGUACCGGUGGAUUUGUGGUGGGAGCGCGUGAUGUUGGCGGUGUGGAUGUUGACGACAUUGGUGUUAACACGGAGCUACGCCGGCAACCUCAUGUCCCUCCUGGCCGUGAGACACAUCUUAGAGCCUUACCAGAGCCGCCGAGUCGUUCUGGAUGAUCCGUCCGUUACUAUGAUAUGGGAGAGAGGCUCAGCAGUCGGGCGUUACCUGAGUUCUGUUAAGUCUGGUAUAUACCGGGAGAUAGCAGAGGCGGAGAAAGAAGGUCGCCUCAUAUGGAGAACCCACAAGCAAUUUGCUGGGGAUAUCGAUACCUUAGUGCGCCGGGGCGACCACGUCCUUAUGGAGGUAGAUAGCGGUUUGAAGGCAUAUGUGUCUCAAGAUUUUGGGAAAACAGGGGAAUGCUCAUUUUACGAAUCCAAAGAGGAAUUCCUGCCUUUGAUGUUUGGAAUGAUCGGUCCAAAGGAUAGUCCCCUGAUCCCAGCGUUAAAUAAGAGGAUCACAUCUAUGACGGAGGCAGGGUUGUUCUUCCAAUGGCUUAAAACUGACGAGCCAAACUCUACAGUGUGUUACAGAGCGCCUACGAAGAUCACAGUCAAGUCAACUCUCUCUCUUACUAAUACCUGGGGGAUGUUCGUGGUCAUCGUUACUGGACACACUUUCAGUUUGUUGGUACUGUGCCUCGAGCUUCUGAGCCAUCAACGUUAACAAAUCUGGAGGAAUCCAUAACCAGGCUCUUGGUUAUAGGUAUUUCAAAAUCGAAGUCGGUUAACAGAAAUAUACGUUAAUUUUCCUCAUACUUUUAACCACAGUCUGAUAAUUCAAUUUCGAUUAAAUUUUCGUUGAUAACUUUUUUUUGUCCUGGGUAGGUGUAUGCGAUCUCACAUCUCCAUUUAAGAAGAAACUAUUGAGGGUGUAAAUGUGUUUAUCUUAUUAUUAUUUUCUUUUCAGUGUGAUUUUUAUUGUCUUUGGUCAUCACGUCACUAUUACUUCUAUACGAAUAUAAGGUCAUGUCCUCAUGAGGUUUUCACUUUUUAAAUCAAAGCAUCAAUAGGUAGCGGCUAUGUAGACCAGAGUAGUUUAACUACCACAUUCUCAGUAGGCAAGAGCAGUAUGUAACUUGUGAACUUUUCUUUAUUUAACUAGUUGAAAUCAUCUAGGCCACCGAGUUCUUUUUGGCAUAAACAAUAUGUAGUCAUUAGUUUUUCUCCACUGUAUCAGAAAUAAUUUUUGUACUGACUAAACUGAAGUUAUUACAAAUUGCGAGAAAUUUGAAUAGGUUUUUGUCAUAAUUCUGUGCAAUCUGUCUUGAGUUUGGCGUGAGUAAACCCGAGAAAUCUGCAUGUAA